AAUGAGCAUGCAGUGCCGGGAAAUACAGCAGUGGACCUGCACCGGCUCUGAUGCUUGUGCUUAUUUCACUGUGUUAGAACAAUGUUAAUGAGUGUAUCCUCUCCUCCCUGCCCGAUCUGAGCACGCAUUAGCAACAAACUGAGUCUCGUUUAUGUGUGACUUCUAGGACAGAAACCUCCCCCAGGUGACACUGGGACCUGCUACUACUUUUUUUUCUUUUUUUGCAAUGUAUUUCAAGGGUGGGAUGAGUCAAAGGGCAGACUAUUAAGACUUCUCUCAUCUCUUUAAGAACAUAUCUGACCCUGUUUUCCGCUCUCCUUGGUUAGGAGGAAGCACAUCUCUCUGCAAGGGACGCUGUGCCUAGUCUUUGACAAUGAAGUUCAACUUGUUCAGACGGCCACAGGCCAUGGCAGCGGCCGAGCCCACCAGUGCCCCCACCAUGACCAUGGCUCCCACCUCAGCUGCCAUGUCCACCUCAGCACCAGAAACUUCUGGCUCGAACAAUACAGAGAUCAGCAAGAAUGACAUGUUUGAGGAGAUCAAGAGCAAAUUCUUGAAUGAAAUUGAUAAAAUCCCAUUGCCUCCGUGGGCUUUGAUUGCCAUUGCUGUAGUGGCAGCAUUGCUAAUCCUCACCUGCUGUUUCUGCAUAAUCAAAAAAUGUUGCUGCAAGAAGAAGAAGAACAAGAAAGGAAAGAAGGGAAAGGAUGGCUUCAACAUGAAGAACAUGCAGGGUGGUGAGACACAUCAGGAUGACGAUGAUGAUGAGGGAGAGACUGGACUGACAGAGGAAGAGAAAGAGGAAGAGGAGAAAGAGCAGGAGAAACUGGGGAAGCUGCAAUACUCUAUAGAUUAUGACUUUGAGAAUACAAAGCUGACAAUUGGUAUCCUUCAAGCUGCAGAUCUCAUGUCCAUGGACUCAGGUGGAACCUCAGACCCUUAUGUUAAAGUCCUGCUCUUCCCUGACAAGAAGAAGAAGUUUGACACCAAAGUGCACAAAAAAACACUGAACCCUGUCUUCAAUGAGACAUUUGUUUUCAAGGUACCCUAUGAGGAGCUUGGUGGAAAGACCUUGGUGAUGUCUGUUUAUGACUAUGACCGAUUUUCUAAACAUGAUGUCAUUGGAGAGGUAAAGCUGCCCAUGAACACCAUUGACCUUGGACGGCCUAUUGAGGAGUGGCGGGAUCUCGAGAGUGCUGAUCAAGAGGAGCCUGAGAAACUUGGAGAUAUCUGCAUCUCCCUUCGUUAUGUCCCCACUGCUGGAAAACUCACUGUCUGCAUCCUGGAGGCAAAGAAUCUGAAGAAGAUGGACGCCUGCGGUUUAUCUGAUCCUUAUGUAAAGAUCCAGCUGCUCCAGGGUGGUAAGCGUCUGAAGAAAAAGAAGACUACAGUGAAGAAGAACACCCUAAACCCAUAUUACAAUGAAUCCUUCAGCUUUGAAAUCCCCCUGGAACAGAUGCAGAAAAUCUUGGUGGCAGUCACAGUGUUUGAUUAUGACAAGAUAGGUAAGAAUGAUGCCAUUGGAAAAAUCUUCGUGGGCAGUAAGGCUACUGGCUUAGGUCUGAAGCACUGGUCUGACAUGCUGGCUAAUCCACGCCGUCCCAUUGCCCAGUGGCACCCAUUGCAGCCAGAGGAGGAAAUUGAUGGCCAGCUGGCAUCCUUGAAUGCAAAGAAGUAACACAUCUCACCAACCAGCUAAUGCACUAACUCAGAAAUCCAAUCUUCAUCCCUACUUUGCAUGAAUUUCAUGACUUCACACAUGACUAUUUGUCCUGCUCAAAAAAUAUAUAUAUAAAAAAAAAGACAUUGUAGAAUAUCUGAAACUCUUUUUGAGCAUCACAUUUCCCACAUUAAUGUAUGCUGAGAAGAAUGGUGUUGAGUUACCGGGUGACUGGUUAAUGAAUGAUCGACUUUUAGUCUUUCCUUCAUUUGAAGAAUCUCAUUCUUAGGGUGCUGACACUGAAUGGAAGUAUUGGUGAAGACAAUGCUGGAUAUAUAUAAAAAAAAGGCUUUAGUUUAGUUUAUAGAGCAUGCUUUACUUACCUCCCCACUGCUCUGCGUGCAUCACGCCCAGUAUUGUGUCUUGCUAAUAACUGUGCUUUAACUUGCAAUAGAAAGUACUCUAAUUUGGGGUUAUUUCCUGCAUAAAGUUUGUCUUAAGUCUAUCAAUGCGAAGAGAUUCAAGUGCAGAUGAUUCAGGUUGAGAUCAAUGAAUGCAACAAUCAAUUCUGGAAUAUGUAUGACAUUUUUCUUGAUUUUAUCAGCUCACAUAUGAGAUGGUGCAAACAGUGCAGCAGAACCAUAUAGCAGGGAUGAUGCAGUUGUCUGACUUAAGUUGCUUGUUUUGUGUUGCCACGAAGGCCCAUCUAUGCAUUUAGCUUCAACCCACAUUUCUGUGUCUUCAGACAGGUGUAAUGUAAGACAGGAAUACAAGGGUGCCUUCCUGAUAUGACACUUUGAGAAGUAGUGCAGGUUUUAUUGUUUAUUUUAAAGUGGUUGAAUAUUGUUCAAAAUGUGUCAGGGACACUGUGAAUGUGCCAUUUGAAAUCUGGCUAUGUUGACCACUUGGAUGUAAAACCUUACUUAUCCAUUGUAGAAGUAAGGCACUAAAAAGGAUUACCAAUGAUGCUGAAAACAGUACUGACUAUGCUUCUUUGAUUUCUGUUGUUUAGUAAAAGACAGUGCCAUUUUGGUUAUUAUGUUUUGACAUUCAUUAAAACGAUUCCACGUCAUUGGCUGAUGUUGUAGUUCUACUGUAAUUCACUUCAAUAUUUCUGUAGUUUCUGCUGAAACAACAUGAGGAUUUCUGUCAAAGACGAAAUGUUUUUAUAGAUUAUUGAAUUUGAAAUGUAAGAUGUAGCUUUGAUUUUUAAAAGGAAGUAUUAAUGAGGUUUGUAGAAUCUAAACAUAGCAACUGUAUCAUCAAACGUAUACAAUACACACAUCCUGGACCAUCUGCUUGAACCAAAUAGAGCUGCAGAAUAGAGCAUGUAUCAUGCCUCGCAGUAUUUUGUCUUGUUUGAAUCACUCGGUCGGGACACAAGCUUUUUGAUCCUGGAGACAAAGUGCUGCAAUAUGGUGAUGUUGAAACUUGUAGGCAAAUUAUUAGUGCAAUGUUUAGUGGCUUGGAAGCAAAAAAGGACACAAAGAAUUGAUUAUUAUAAGGGAAUGACUGAGGAUAGAACAUUUAAAAUGUUGACAUUUAAAUUCCACUGAAUUUACCAAUGACCUGAUCUCUUUCCUGUAGCAGCUCCUCUUAACUGAAGAAUCAUGACUGUCCCCAUAUUGGUUUCUUUGAGUUAAAUGUAGACAUAUGUAGGAUUAAAAUUGUCAUUUAUUGCAGGAACCUUAAAAAACCCAAAAAAUAGCUUUAGAAAAUGGAUGACACUUUCUCUAAUCACACGUGAUGACAACCUGAACCUGAAAAAUCUUCCGAAUUUACCGGGAGGGAAAAGAGUCAGUAUCACUUUCUUAUAAUUCAAAUCAUUGUAACUGAAAUCAUUAUUAAUGACAACUAAUUUCUGGCUUCAAACACUGAAGCCUCUCUGUUGUUGCGUUUCACUGCUUGCGUAGGUAAUUUUGGAUUCUGAACUGGCCAUGAAUUGAUGGAACUGGACACAUGUCCAGGGUUUUACCCCAUCUCUUGUGGAUUAUCUCCAGGGAUUGGCUCCAGCCCACUCAUCCACUCAACCCAAGUUGAUACAUUGAUGUUAUCAGUGAAUUCUAAGUGAGACAAAAUCAGGGAAUCUGUGUUUUGUGAAUUACUUUCUUUAAAUCAAAAAAUCCAAAAUCAGAUCUUGGGAGGCCAACACAUUAAAAUAUUUUCUCAGAAUUUCAGAAACUGGAAAAAAUGAACUCAUAGAAACUUGUGUCUACAUUUAGUGCUUUUAAAUGUCAACAUAGAUUUUUCAGGACAUUUUUAUAAGGGGGCAGUUUGUUUAAAAAAGAAAAUGUUAAGGCAGUCGUUCGUAUGCAUCCACGUCGCCAGCAGAAGUAUCUAAUGGUGAGCAGCGGCACAUUGACAGGUUCAUCCACAGUACUUCUUUACAAUUGUUAACAUAUGCAUCACGCAAAAUUUGUUAAUAGGCUACAGCAUGUAUUUACAAGAUGAUGUAAAUAGCGGCAUGUUUUAAAGAGGAACCAUAAUUAUAUUGUGUAUGUGUGUUUGUGUUCUGUGUCAUUUUUAUAAUAAAACAGAGUAUAAAAAAAGGA